CCGUUUUCAUAUCUAUUCCCCAACUAUAAAAGCAAUUGGACUUUGGCCAUUUUUCCCGUGUAAGUGUCAUCGAGCCAACUGAUCAAGAAACUGGAGAAGGAUAAGGAAGAUGAGUGGGGCAGGAGAGAAAGGGUCAACAACUACGAAAACACCUGCAGAUUUCCUCAAAUCAAUCCGUGGGCGACCAGUUGUUGUCAAACUGAAUUCUGGCGUUGAUUAUAGAGGCAUUCUAGCUUGUCUAGAUGGAUAUAUGAAUAUAGCUAUGGAGCAAACAGAAGAAUAUGUCAAUGGACAGUUAAAAAAUAAAUACGGUGACGCUUUUAUUCGUGGAAAUAAUGUACUUUAUAUCAGUACAUCAAAGAGGACAUUAGCAGAUGGGGCUUAGCAUUGCUACUGCAUCGAAGACUUAAUAUCACCUAUGACUCGUUGCUGUUCUUAUCAAUUUGUUUGUAGGAGAGGAUUUAAAACUGAUAACUGAUAUAUUAGAUCUUCUUACUCGAGUGAAACAGUGAAGCUUUUCUGUUUCUUUCAACCUGUGGAAGUAAGUGGCAGAUGCUUUCAUUCUAAGAGCAGUGUUCACUUUCUCUAUUCUAAUCUAUUCUAAAUUGCUUGAUUAUUAUCUACUAUAAAUUGAACCAAGU